AUGCGCGGCACCGUUGCCAUCGUCCUGGCCUCCACGGCGCUCAGCGCGAGCGCUUUUACGAGCUACGCCAACGAUUUCAUCGACCCCAAGAUCAUCCUCUCCAACGGGCUCAGCAACCUCACCAUCGAGGCGCAGGAGACCAUCGUCGAGUGGGCGGAAGAUCUUGCCGCAGCCGGGCCAUGGAAUGUUACGAGCAAGCCGUUCACCCCGCCGUCGGGCACGAAAAAAGACUACAUGAGCUUUGCACCCUACUGGUGGCCAGACUGUUCUAGCGUUGGGAACACCACGGCACUCACUCAGAACGAGGUCUGGACGACUUGCCCAUACGUCGUGCGCGAUGGCAAGUUCAACCCCGACGCCCGCGAGGUGAACGACAUCGGCAACUUCGAAAGCAUGGCCAACGCCGUCUUCUACAACGCCCUCGCGUGGGCGACCAACGGCACCACGACCUACGCCGAAUCCGCCGCGCGCUUCAUAAACACCUGGUUCCUCGACGCGGACACCGGCAUGAACCCCAACCUCAACUACAGCCAGAUGCAGCGCGGGCCCACCGGACAGAAGGGAACCCACACUGGAAUCUUGGACCUCAAGUGCAUGGCAAAGGUUGUGUCCGCAGUGCUCCUCAUGCGAGAAGGCAAGGCGGCUGCAUGGACCACCGAACUCGACACCGGGCUGAACUCUUGGACGACCGAGUACAUUGGGUGGCUUACCUCGGCUGGCAUCGCGCUUGAGGAGAAGGCUGCGCCCAACAACCACGGCACUUUCUACUACAACCAGCUUGCUGCCCUUCAGGUCCUCGUUGGUGACAAUGACGGCGCAAAGGCUACUGUGACGGACUACUUUACCACUAAGUACCUUGACCAGAUCGCUGCGAACGGCGACCAGCCGCUUGAAACUGCGCGCACACGCCCUUACCACUACCGUGCUUACAACCUCGCCGCCAUGAUUACUAACGCCAAGAUCGGAGAUUACGUCGGCUACUCGGCGUGGAACCUGACGACCCACAAGGGCUCGACGAUCCAAACCGCACUCGACUACGCGAUGACGCUCGGGCCCGGCACCGAAGUCGCGUCGGAGCUGUACCCGAACAUCGUCGCCGUCGGCGCGACGUACGGCGACGCCAAAGGCACGUACGCCAAUUUCAUGCUCACCAAGGCCGGCGACGGGUACGUCGCGGACGCGCAGUUCCUCUGGAACCAGCCGUUCUCGGACUCCGGCCUCGUCAAGGCCCCCACAUCGGCAUCCCUGGAGCCAGUGCGCAACAUAGGCGGAGCCGGCGGUGUGCGCCCAGGGCUGCUCGGCGCGACCGUCGCGGGGUUCGGCGUCGUGGCCGUGCUUGUGCUCGGGGCGUGA